UUCAAUGAGGUCAUUUGGAUAUCAAAGGUUAUCUUUAUCGGAAAAGUGCAUAAAUACAUCUGCAUUAUACUUUAUUCGGUAGAGCUGUAUCAAAUUGAGUAGUAAUUGCAUAUAAUUACUGAAGAAAAGUUUUUUUUAUAAUGUGGUUUUUAGCAAUAAGUCUCGUCUCAAUCCUUUCUUCGGUAAUAUGCGAUCCAGUACACAUUCAUCUGCAUCCUGAAGUUGCAAUUGUGGACUAUAAUGGACCCUUGCAUCAUGAAAUAUUUGAAAUAAUUAGAGGUGUAGAAACACUAGAGAUUAUAAAUAGUAACAUAACAAGUAUGAAGGGAAGCAUGUUAGCAAAAUUGACAAAGCUGAAGAAAAUAGUUUUCAUAAACUGUACUGUUGAUGUUGAUGGUGUGGAUAUAGAAAAUAUGUUUGAAGGUGCUACAAACUUGAAAGAAUUCUAUGCUAGACGUAUUUUUGCUAGGGAAUUACGACCUGAGAUAGUUCGAAAACUUGCAAUAGAAGUGUUUGUCAUGACUGAUAAUAACUAUCCUGAUUUGCCUGGUAAUUUAUUCAACGAAACUAAAUUGAAAUUGUUGGAUUUGUCUGAGAACCACCUUCAAACGAUAGAUAAUGAAGCAUUCAACGGUUUGAGUUUACUGGAAACACUCGAUUUGUCGACAAAUGAGUUGACAGUGUUGUCAGAAAAUGUUUUGAAACCUUUGAAAAAUGUUAAGAUUAUAAAUUUGUCAGAAAACAAGUUUACGAAAUUUAGCGUGAAAGAUUUGCCUGAACUCAAGAAUCUAGAGGAAUUAGAUUUGACGAGUAAUCCUCUACAACAUCUCGAUUUGAAUGGUAUUGAAACUAAAACACCAAAACUGAAAAGCAUAAAAAUAUCUGGCACUUCAAUCCCCGAACCUCAACUCAAAGAACUAAAGACUGCAUAUCCCGAGAUUCUUAAGUCUGAUUGAUAUUUACAAGAAAAUUAUUAUGUAUAAUAUUUGUGUAUAAACUUUCAAACAAUAAAUUUUUUAUAAUUGGUUCUAA